AUGACAAUCAACCAUGUAUUCGUGUGGAGCUCAGCAGCCAAGUUCACAGCGCUACGGUCGUUUUACCGGACAGUCCUACAACCAAUCGGCUACAGCGAGAUGAUCUGCGCUAACAACGAGGCUCUCAUCGGAUUUGGAAAUGAUUACCCUUAUUUUUGGCUGCAGAAACUACCAGAAGGAAAAGAGAAUCUUCCAACGCACAUCGCAUUUGACGCCCCAAACCCUGAGUCUGUAGACAGAUUCUACCAAAUAGCACUCGAGAAUGGCGCACGCGACAACGGAGGGCCAGGGAUAAGGAAGGAAAUGAGUCGGCAGCCCUAUUACUCGGCAUUUGUGAUCGAUUCGGAUGGCAACAACAUUGAAGCUGUGUGCGUUCAAAAAUGA